AACGGAUAUGCGUAACCAAAAGAUUAUGGUUGCUGGUGCUUUUGAUUUGGAGAGGAUCUUGAAGACUAUCAAGAAAAAAACUGGUAAAAAUGCAGAAAUUUUGGUAAUGACUAAGAAAUCCGAUGCAGUUCAGACGGACGAUGAUGAAUCUGAUAAAGUCCAGAUAGAUGAUGAACAUGAACUAGUUCUAGAGAAGAAUGAAACAUCUUCUUUAGUUCCAAAACAACAAGAAAAUCUUGAAAACGAGAAAAAUGAUGAUAAACCUGAGACAAGUAGUGUAAUGGAAGUCGAGUUCAAGAUACCAUUCCUAAAUGACAAAUAUGAGGUCAAAAAAGUUAUUUCCAAAUUCGAAGGGGUUGAAACAUGUGUGGUCGAUGUUGAAAGUCAAAAGGUUGUGGUUACUGGUAGUUUUGAUCAAGAGAAAAUGUUGAAAAAACUCAAGAAAAAGAUGGAUAAAAAGAAGGAUGAAGAAUCCAAAAUCGCCGCAGGGGAAAAAGAAGAAGCUGAUAUGAGUAGAGAUAUGCAUGUCAAACUAAAUAUAUGAUGUAUAGUAACGCAUAUUCUAACGGAUGUUGUAUUGCGUAAGGUAUUCGCAACAAGUAUCCACCAUAAAAAACUUGGCAUUGUAAUACA